AUGCCUGACGUCGGCAGCAUUGUCUGGAUCAUCGGUUCUGCCCUGUUUGCCGUCCUUCUCGCUUCCGCCAUGGGUCUCUUUAACCGGAAGAACCACAUGCCCGUCGAGGGCAAGACCAUCCUCCUCACCGGCGCGACCGAGGGCAUGGGCCGCAGCGUCGCCAUCAAGCUCGCCGCCCGCGGCGCCAACAUCAUCGCCGUCGCCCGCAACGUCGAACGCCUCGAGGCCCUGCUGCCCGACCUCCGCGCCGCCGCCAAGAACCCCUCGACCCAGCGCUUCCACAUCCUCUCCGCCGACGUCGGCGUGCCCGACUUUGCCGCGCCCCUGCUCGCCGAGGCGACGGCCUGGAACAACGGCCUCGCGCCCGACAUUGUCUGGUGCAUCGCCGGCAUGUCGACGCCCGGCCUCUUCGCCGAGACGCCCUUUGCCCACCUGCGCCGCAACAUGGACGUCAACUUUUACGGCACCGCCGAGCUCGCCCACGCCGCCCUCGGCCUGUGGCUGGCCCCCGACGCCCCGCGCCCGCGCACCAAGAAGCGCUUCGUCAGGACGAGCUCCGUCGCCGCCUUCUGCCCCAUCGCCGGCUACUCGCCCUACGUCCCCUCCAAGGUCGCCCUGCGCGGCCUCGCCGACGCCCUGUCCCAGGAGCUGCACCUCUACCCCGACAACCCCGUCGCCGUCCACGUCGUCUUCCCCGGCACCAUCACGAGCCCCGGCUUCGACCGCGAGAACCUCACCAAGCCCGAGAUCACGCGCCAGCUCGAGGACAUCGACCCCGUCCAGACGCCCGACGAGUGCGCCGAGGCCGCCAUCCGCGGCCUCGAGCGCGGCCACUUCUUCGUCACCGUCGCCUGGCUCGGCUUCUUCAUGCGCGUCAGCCUGCUCGGCGGCUCCAUCCGCAACAACUGGGUCGUCGACACCCUGACCGCCAUGUUCGUGACGCCCCUCAUCUGGCUCUUCGUGCUGCCCGACAUGAUGGGCAAGGCGAAGAAGUACGGCCGCACCCACGGCCAUCCGAGCACCUAUGCCAAGGUGGCGCCUUAG